CAUUUUAACAGUCAUUCCGCCGUCGACCAAAAUCAAGUGAGAGCGGAAAACGACGCCAACCCGCCGCUGUGGGACAUUUUGGGGACCGUGAACGUCACACAAGUUCGUGUUUGUCACAAUGGAAAGCUGGAAGAGUCACGUGCGCGCUCGACUGCUACGGAGAGACCAAACUGAAAAACUCCCCUUUGCUGGCGUGUUCACAAGCUUGUCUCAGCUGGAAGAACGUUUCGAAAUUCGCAAACAAGUUUUGGAUGAUGUUCAUUCCAAGAGUUUAGAACGAGGUGGAAUGGAAGUUGGAAAAAACACCAGACUCCUUCAACUCCAACUGAGAGAGAGUGAACACUUGGCAGAGAAGCUCUCUCAGACUGUCUCUGACCUGACUGCUGUCCUGUAUCUGAAAGAAGGUGAACUGCAGUACUGGAAUUCACGUGUAUCCCAGUACCGUCAAGAGGCCCAUACUCUGGCUAAAGGUAGGAACACCCUGAAGGCAACCCUUUCAGAACUGGAGUUCACCUUAGAGUGUCAGUCGAAAGAGUUGGCAGCUCUGCAAGCAGAGCAGAAAGGACUAAAGGAAGCGAUGGCACAGGCUAGGAGAGAAAAAGAGGAACUCUUACAGCGAUGGAUGGAGGAGAAGAGGGAGGAGGCAGACAGGCUGAAUAAGUACAACGACACACAAGAAAGGUUGCAUCGUUUGACAAAACAACUCAAGAAGCAUCUCCAUAGGGAAAUGGGAAAAGAGUAUGUUCCAGCAUUGACGAGCCCCUGAAGUGGUAAAACAGAAACGUCUCCAUCAGUUAUUCAGAGUAAGAAUCAGCAUUCUCUUUGAAAUAUUACUGCUUAAUGCAAGUAAAAUGGCUGUCUCUUAAUUUAAUGACAUUAAUUCACCUCAGUGCUGCACACAUGGAUCCUCUUAGGUACCAAGAGCCUUCAUCAAGGCCAGUAUUUUUACCUUCUUAAUGAAGAGGGCCUGGUUGAUGAGGUCAAGACAAAACGAGCUUUUUAACAGUGUUAGCAGAGUGUUUAACUGUUUAACCUUCAUCAAAUAACUCAGUGGGAUUCCAUAGUGGUGGAGGGAGUAUUGAGAUCCUUUACUUAACAAGAAAUAUGAAUACCAUUACAAGUGAAGUCCUGCAAUGAAAAUCUUUCCUCUUUAACUAUAAUCAGGAAAAUAUACUUAACGUAUUAAAAGAAAGGCGUACUUAGUGCAGAAGAAUGGCCCCUGUGACUGUGUUAUAUCAUUAGAUUAUUGUUACUCAUGCAUUAAUGUGUAAAGAACAUUUUCCUGUCGCAGCUGUUUGAGGUGGAGCUAGUUUUUAAUUAUUUUAUAUAAGGCUGCAACUAAUGACUAUUUUCAUUACGGCAUAAAAUGCAGAUUAAAUGACACCUUCAAAUUGAUGGCCUCAGUAUCUCUAAAACACUGCCUAGUGCCCUUGUCAGGAUCCUCAAAAUAAUAUUGUGUAGAAGGAAUGGAUGGAAACCUUCUUACCUCUGUGUGGAAUGUAACCUAAAGCAUGUAAUGCAGCCUUUUUGUCAUGCUUAUCUUGUCCUCAGGGAUCAAUAAUACAACAGAUAUACACCAGGGCUACUCAGACCACAACAAGGUCUCAACUGUGGCAAAUGUUUAACAUUCCCAUGGGAUUCUGGAGGCGACAUUUCCACAGUGCUUGACGUUGAAGUACUAAUUGCCCAUUCAGUAUGUAAUGCUAGGACUAUGACCAAGGAGUGACUGUUUGAAACUAGAAGUGCAAGGAGAAAUGUUUUCUCAUCUGUCUUUUUUUAACUUACCUAAAGUGAUUUAAAGAUCCACCAUAUCCUCUAAUAAUAUUGUUAAAUGUAGAUUUUGUUAGAGUACGUAAUUUUACAUUUACUUCUUUAACUAAAGUCACCCUUUACUUUCACUUUGUCUUGAUUGACUCCCCUCAGUAAAGAAUUUUUAAUCUGUUUUUCAGUCAAGCCUUGCUAUUAGUGUCUGUGUGCUCAUUUUCAACUUUUAACUAUGUUUAAUUGCACAGAAAAUCUUGUGAUUCACUUACACUUGCUAGGUCAAGAAGUGUAUCCGAAAAGAAUUUAAUAACCUUACCUAAGCUUACAUUUUAAUGUGUUUUAAAAUAACAUCUCUUAUUAAAAAUUG